UUGACUGACAGGCGCACACAUACACACUCGGCCACGCGCGCGCCGUCCGGCCCCACUCGCGCAGCGCAGUUCAGCGCGGGCCGCAUUGUCCGCCUGCCAGCCCGCCUGCCUCCUCUCCCCGAGCGCCCCGGGUCCCCGCGCCGACCGCCGCUCCCCGGACUCCGACGCGGUAAGCGGGGGCGGCGCGGCGGGCCUCGGAAGCCCCCGGCCUUGUACGGAGCAGCGGCGGAGACUCCCUUCAGGGGAAGGGUCCCCCCCGCCCAUCUCAUCAUGUCUCGGCGAAGCCAGCGCCUAACGCGCUACUCCUCCCAGGGUGACGAUGAUGGCGGCAGCAGCAGCAGCGGAGGGAGCUCAGUGAUGGGGAGUCAGAGCACCCUGUUUAAGGACAGCCCUCUCAGGACCUUGAAGAAGAAAACCAACAACUUGAAGCGCCUCUCCCCAGCGCCACAGCUAGGCCCCUCCUCGGACACACACACCUCCUACUACAGCGAGUCCAUGGUCAGGGAGUCCUACAUCGGCAGCCCGCGGGCCGCCUCCAUCGCCGCCUCCCUCACCAGGAACUCCCUCCUCGACGAACCCUACUGGAGUGAGGACCUGCGGGUGAGGAGGAGGAGAGGCACAGGCGGCACCGACAGCAGCAAGGCCAACGGGCUCCCAGAGAACAAGCUCUCUGAGGACUUCCUCGGGUCCUCCUCGGGCUACUCCUCCGAGGAUGACUACGUAGGCUACUUGGAGACAGACCACCGGGGUUCAGGGUCACGGCUACGGAAUGCUGUCUCCCGGGCGGGCUCUCUGCUCUGGAUGGUGGUCACCUCUCCAGGCCGGCUCUUCGGGCUCCUCUAUUGGUGGAUCGGCACCACCUGGUACCGCCUGACCACAGCCGCCUCCCUCCUUGACGUCUUCGUUUUAACCAGACCUCUAUGUAUAAGAGUUUUAGGUUAUUCAAGGACCCCAGGAUUUGUUUUUAAUAACAUCAAUACAAUUCAGAGUCAGAACUGUCCGCAUCACUCCAAGCUCUGCAGACGCUUCUCAUCCCUGAAGACGUUCCUGUGGUUCCUCUUGCUGCUGCUGCUUCUGACCGGCCUGACCUAUGGAGCCUGGUACUUCUAUCCCUUUGGGCUGCAGACGCUCCACCCCACUGUGGUCUCCUGGUGGGCCUCGAAGGGGAGCAUUGGGCAGCGUGAGGUGUGGGAGUCCAGAGACUCCUCCCCACAUGUCCAGGCCGAGCAGCGCAUUCUGUCCCGGGUAUACACGCUGGAGCGGCGCCUGGACGCUCUUGCUGCUGAGUUCUCGUCCAGCUGGCAAAAGGAGGCCAUGCGGCUGGAGCGCCUGGAGCUGCAGCAGGGGGCUGGCGGGCAGGGAGGCGGAGGCGGUGGCCUGAGCCACGAGGACACCCUGGCGCUCCUGGAGGGGCUGGUGAGCCGCCGUGAGGCUGCCCUGAAGGAGGACCUCCGCAGGGACACUGCUGCUCGGAUCCAGGAAGAGCUGGUCACCCUGAGAUCAGAGCAUCAACAGGACUCAGAAGACCUUUUCAAGAAGAUUUUCCAGGCCUCACAGGAAUCUGAGGCUCAACUCCAGCAGCUGAAGUCAGAGUGGCAAAGGAUGACCCAGGAGUCCUUCCAGGAGAACGCCAUGAAGGAGCUGGGGCGGCUGGAGGGCCAGCUGGCAGGCCUGCGGCAGGAGCUGGCAGCCCUGACCCUGAAGCAGAGCUCGGUGGAGGACCAGGUGGGGCUGCUGCCCCAGCAGCUCCAGGCUGUGCGGGACGAUGUGGAGUCUCAGUUCCCUGCCUGGGUCAGUCAGUUCCUUCUUCGAGGUGGGGGAACCCGCACUGGGCUCCUUCAGCGAGAGGAGAUGGAAGCUCAGCUGCGGGACCUGGAGAGCAGGAUCCUCGUCCACGUGGCCGAGAUGCAGGGCAAGUCAGCAAGGGAGGCCGUAGCCAGCCUGGGGCUGACGCUGCAGAGGGAAGGCGUGAUUGGGGUGACCGAGGAGCAGGUGCACCGUAUCGUAACCCAGGCUCUGAAGCGCUACAGCGAGGACCGCAUUGGGAUGGUGGACUACGCUCUGGAGUCGGGAGGGGCCAGUGUCAUCAGUACUCGAUGCUCUGAGACCUACGAGACCAAGACGGCCCUCCUCAGCCUCUUCGGCAUCCCCCUGUGGUACCACUCCCAGUCUCCCCGAGUCAUUCUCCAGCCAGACGUGCACCCAGGCAACUGCUGGGCCUUCCAGGGGCCCCAGGGCUUUGCUGUGGUUCGCCUUUCUGCCCGCAUCCGCCCCACGGCUGUCACCUUAGAGCAUGUGCCCAAAUCCUUGUCACCCAACAGCACCAUCUCCAGUGCCCCCAAGGACUUUGCCAUCUUUGGGCUCGAUGAGGACCUGCAGCAGGAAGGGACGCCCCUUGGCCAGUUCACCUAUGACCAGGAUGGGGAGCCCAUUCAGACGUUUUACUUCCAGGAUCCUAAAAUGGCCACGUAUCAGGUGGUGGAGCUGCGCAUCCUGACUAACUGGGGCCACCCCGAGUACACCUGCAUCUACCGCUUCAGGGUGCAUGGGGAGCCCGCCCACUAGGCUUUCUCUGUGCUGCUGCCGGCCAUGCCCCCUCUCUGGGGUUAGGUGCGCAGCACCCCCAACUCCCCGCACACGCUUGAAGCGCACUGACUUCCAGGAGCAAGAAAGGAGCCCUGGCGCAGUGGAGAUGAAAGAACAUGUGGGGUUUUCCUGUGCCACGGGCGGCUUGAGCAGUCAGCAGGCUCCAUUCUCGCUCUUCCUUCUUCGCUCUCCGCGUGCCAAGCACUGGGCGUCUUCUCCCUCCUGGGAGGGUGUAUAUAUGUAGCAUGUUGUGGGGAACUGAGGCGGGAAGAGCGGGGUGAUGCCCGUGGUCCAGCAAAGGUGGACCAGACCUGCCUGCCCUUGGCCUGUGUGAGGGACUGACACCUCGGGAGCUGCGCAGAUGAAGCAGGUGCCAAAGCUGUGGGUGAGACAGGCUAGGGCCUGGGGCAGCUGGGCUGUGCCCCCUCCCUCAGUGAGGAGGGUGCUCAGGGUGCAGGUCGGAACUGGUCCCCAGGCACGAAGCUCCUGGGAGAGGGCGGCUGGGCUCCUCCAGACACCAGUGCCCUCAGCCAAGGCCCACAGCAUUCCUGAAGGGCUUCUGCACACUGUGUGUGUCCUGGGUCAGGGUGGGCCAGGGGCUUCUUGUACCCUGGAGGGUCUGGCUCCUGGGAGCCUCUAGGAGCCUCUCUGCUGGGGACAGCAGUUGUCUUCUCUCUCCUGAUGCUGGGACUAGGGCCCGCUCUGCUCCCCUCUCCUGCUCAGGCCCACCUAGUCCCCAGAGCAAGCUUGCCACGUUCCCCCAGGGUGUAGGUGUCCAAACCUGUCUUUGGGGGCAGCCAGCAGUGUUCAUGGAGCUCCCUGGGCUCUUGUGGUGGCCCAGUGACACGAUGAGAGUGACAUUCAGGGUGUUGCUGGGGUGGGGUGGUGUAGACUGUUGGCCCUGCCCCACCCUAUAAGGCCCCUGAUCCUAAGCCAUCCCUGGGGGGCUCAUUCAGCUCUUGCUUCAUUGUUUCUAUUCUGACUCAUUUUCUAUGGGGAGCAGUCGGGGUGGGGGUGGGGGUGGGGUUGGCUAAGGAGGCGGGGCUGAGGUGGGAGCUUUUGGACCCAGCAGGCCCUGCUCUAUUGUGUAUAUAUUUUUCAAGGUCUUGUUUUUUUAACCGAGAAGCUAAGGGCUUGAUUUCUAGCCCCGUUCUGUGGGGCCUUGGGUGAAUGCAGUUCCUUGUAACCUGGCUGCCAAGAGGGGUCUGGGGCACUGGUUCUGACUCUGUGGUUCAUUGUGGCCUGUGGGGAGGGGGCAGGAAGGGCUGCUGUGUAGGUGGGUGCCCUUGGAAGAGUUCCGAGAUGUGGCUGGAACAAAGGAGAGGCCCCACAGACCCCUGUGUGUUCCAGCACCAGCCCCUGCCUCCAGACAACCAGGUUUUGUUUGCGCUCUCCUGUCACAAAUGCUGCACUAUUGGUUCUUAAUUUUUUUUUUAUCUCCAGAUUCUAAUUUAUGCCUAUGCAAAAAAUAAAUUAUGCCCAGGGUUAA